AAAGUCACCUACAGGGGACGGAGACAAAAACAAACGUCCGCAGUUGAGCUUGUACUUCAACUCAUGAGAUAAAAGCAGACGCACAGCCUCCACCAUGGGCUCCCCGGCGGCUGCAGCCUGGCCUCUCCGGCUCCCUGCGCUCCUCCCCCGGACGCUGCGGCCGCCUCGGGCCGCUCCGCUGCUGCGACCCUACGGAGGAGCGUCCGGAGCUUCGGCCUGCAGGAGGCUGAACGUCCAGGCGGCGACGACGGAGGCGAAGCUGAAGAGCAUCGAUGAUCUUCCGGGGCCCAGUCUGACCACCAGCCUGUACUGGCUGCUGGUGAAGGGAUACUCGGAGAGGACGCACCUCCUGCAGGGCAUCCAGAAGAAUCUCUACGGACCCAUCUGGCGCUCCAGGUUCGGCCCGUUUGACCUGGUCAACGUGGCGAGUCCGGACCUCAUCGCUCAGGUGAUUAACCAGGAGGGCCGGUACCCGGUCCGGGCCGAGCUGCCCCACUGGAAGGAGUACCGGGACCUGAGGGGGCAGGCCUACGGACUGCAUGUGGACACCGGACCAGAGUGGUACCGGAUCCGCAGCGUCCUGAACCCGAAGAUGCUGAAGCCUCGGGAGGUGAUGAGUUUCGCUCCGGUCGUCCACCAGGUGGUCUCAGAUCUGCUGCAGCGCAUUGAGCUGCUGCGACGUCGCAGCCCAGACCAGGCCACCGUCCCAGACGUGGCCUCGGAGUUCUACAAGUUCGGCUUCGAAGGUAUCUCUGCCGUCCUGUUUGAAACCCGGCUGGGCUGCCUCCAGGAGGAGAUUCCUCACGACACCCUGCGCUUCGUCGCCGCCGUCAACGACAUGCUGAGUCUGUCCGACACGGUGCUGCUGCUUCCCCGCUGGAGCCGCGACGUCUUCCCCUUCUGGAGGCGCUUCGUCCAGGCCUGGGACGACCUCUACGACGUCGCUCGGACGCUCAUCGACAGGAGAGUGGCUGAGAUGGAAGCUCAGGCGGUCGAUGGCGACGCUGCAGAGGGGAUGUACCUGACCUACCUGCUGGCGUCUGACAAGCUGAGCAGAGACGAGGUCUACAUCAGCGUCACCGAGCUGAUGCUGGGAGGCGUCGACACGGAAACAUUAUUAUUUUCAGACUCUGCUUUGGCUGGAGGCCAUCAAAACCUCCAGCAGCAGAUUCAAGCCGUCGCAGAGCCCGUCUGGCUGCAUUCCCAGACGUCCAACACCUUGUCGUGGGCUUUGUACCAUUUAUCGAGGGACAGCAGGGUUCAGGACCUCCUGCACAGAGAACUGAACUCGGUUUGUCCCAAUAAAAGACAACCGACCACCGAUGACCUGAGCAGGAUGCCGUACCUGAAGGCCGUCAUCAAGGAGACGCUGCGACUUUAUCCUGUUGUUCCUGGAAAUGGACGCUUCAUUUCAGAGAAUGAGGUGAUUGUGGACAACUACUGGUUCCCGAAGAAGACGCAGUUCCAUCUGUGCCACUACGCCGCCUGUCAUGACGAGUCGGAGUUCGUGGAUGCUGAGCUCUUCAUCCCGGAGCGUUGGCUUCGUGCCGACCCGCCGGCCAGCCGCUGUGGCCGGACGUGGCCCGGCUUCUACCAGCACCACCCGUACAGCUUCAUCCCGUUCGGCGUCGGCGUCCGGGCCUGUGUGGGGAAGAGGCUGGCCGAGAUGGAGAUGUACUUCGCUCUGUCCAGGCUGAUCCAGAACUACCAGGUCCAGCCUGAGGAUGGCUCUCCAACUGUGGAGGCCAAAACCCGGACGCUGAUGAUCCCAGCAAGUCCCAUCAACCUUCGCUUCCAUCCCAGAACCUGAGAGAUGGUGGGUGACGUCUCCAUGGUUACGGCUGUGAGGGAUGGAGCAGAGAACGACUCGUCUCUGAGGCUCUGCAGACGAUUAGAGCUGCAUGACGACAGAAAACACCAACUUUAAACCUCAGACUGUUUCAUGACAUCGAGCAGAGUCCCCAAAUGUCCCUGUGUUUUUAUCUGAGCAGGACUGAGGUUUAAAGGCUACAUUCUGCCCCCUUCUGGCACUGAGGAGGAACUACACUCUGCUGGAAACAACAGAAAUCAUCUAAAAAUGGGUUUAAAUCCAAGAAAAGGUUCUCAGAAAGCACCAUCCUUUCUACAUGUGUCUAACUGAGCUCUUACUGUCUUUUAACUGUUUAAAAAGCUUAUGCACAAACAUAGAUUUAUAUAUUUCAGAGUAAUUUUAUGGCUUUAAACUAAUUUUAUGAUCGAACUUCGCUAAACAAAAUAAACAAGGUGAUUUCUGUGAUUUUUAAACAUUUUUUAUGUUAGAGUUUAUAUUUUGACUUACUUUAAUGAUUUUUAAUGUCUACUUUAAUCUUUUUUGUGCCUAAUUUUAAUGGUUUUUUGUCUCAUGUCCCGCAGUUUGUUUCUGUUUUGUCUGUAAUUGGUCAUUUUAUGACUAUUCUCUCUCAUUUUGGUUGUUUUGUCUCUUUGUGUUCAUUUUAAAUCACUUUUGUGUCCCGUUUUUGUUGUUUUGCGUCUCUUUUGCGUCACAUUUGGGACAUUUUUUGCCAUUACAUGACUUUUUGGUCAUUUUAUAUCUAUUUUAUGUCUAAUUUUAGUUGUUUUGUGUCUUAUUUUGAACAUUUUGUUGCUCUUUUGUGUCUUGUUUUGUGUCCCAUUUUAAUUUAAAAAAAUGUUAUUUUGUCUCUUUGUGGUCAUAUUAAAUCUUCUUUAUGUCACA